ACAAGGGCAACACUAUAUUGAUUUUGCUAAGCACUUCGCAGCCAACAGUCGCUGAAUAAAACAACGGAACUCUCAGACACUCCCAUUUGUACGUAUGAGAAAUGCGGCUGAGAAAAAAAACGCCCCGGGGUAUGAAAAAAGUCGGAAGGAGCUAAAGAAACUCAAGAAAUGACAAAGGAAGAAGUUGUUUGAACGCUCAAAUUGUAGUCAAGUCAUCCGUCAAUCUGACAUUAACUUCCCUCGAUUAUGUUGUUUUAACAGUUAUUACCCGUGUUUACAUCCGCUGAAAAAGAAACACACGUAUUACUAGAGAGCUGGCUAAUUACUCAGUUGUGUGAGCGCUAAAGCAGGAAAACUUAGCAUCUCCGGACUGAUUUACCGAAGGCGUCUGCGGAAGGAAGAGGGAAACCAUGUCCUCUGAAGAGGAAAGAUUCAAGUUGGUAGUCGUGGGCGGUGGCGGUGUGGGAAAAAGCGCACUGACCAUUCAGUUCAUCCAGUCAUAUUUUGUAUCAGACUAUGACCCAACUAUUGAAGACUCUUACACUAAAAUCUGCACUGUUGACGGGACUGAGACGCGGCUGGACAUUCUAGACACAGCUGGUCAGGAGGAGUUUGGUGCUAUGAGGGAGCAGUACAUGCGCUCAGGAGAGGGAUUCUUACUAGUGUUUGCCCUGAAUGAUCGGGGCAGUUACAACGAGAUCCAGAAGUUCCACACCCAGAUUCUGCGAGUGAAAGAUCGUGAUGACUUCCCCAUGGUUUUAGUUGGUAACAAGUCAGACCUUGACCAGCACAGAGUGAUAUCCAGAGAGGAGGCACAGGCUUUUGCCCGGGAAAAUCGGAUCUACUACAUGGAGUCCUCCGCUAAGAACCGUUACAAUGUGGAUGAGGCUUUCUUGGAGGUUGUGAGGGCAAUCAGGAAGUUCCAGGAGACAGAAAGUCCACCUCUUCCUGCCAACCAUUCAGGCAAACAGAAGAGCAGUGGAUGCCCAUGCAGUAUCCUCUAAUUGUUUUGUAUGCCAGGCCAAGCCAGUGCGUUGGGCUUGAAGGGUUUCUUUAAAGAGGCUGAUGUGGUGAAGCAUGAUCUUUUUUUAUUUCAUUCGCACUUUUUUCAACAACAACAAAAAAGAAAUGUAUUUCAAACUGUUUUAUUGUUCUAAUGUUUUUACGUGGGUAUAUCAUUUCAUUAUGCAGCCAUCUGACAUUAAAGGGAAAGUGAUUGUUUAAACAAACUGAAACAAACCAAGGAAAAUUAACUUGAAGAGUCCAGAGGUUUUUUUUAGUUGAGAGAAAAAAUACAUUUCUUCCACAGUGGGGUGCUGUUUUCCCUUACUGUACAAGUCAUCAGGUUUAGAUGAGGGACCGAAGAUGAGCUUAACCUGGGUGAACUGAUUGGUUUAGUGGUGUGUUACGGUGACUAGAAUCAUAAUUAAACAUAUCUAAGAAGUCUGGUUUAGCACCUCAUUUGUAGUGAGCUAUAUUUGGAGGUGUUGUAGAAACACUGUCUAAAGCCAUGUGUCACAGUUUAAAAAUGAUUCAUAAGUGCCUUGUUUUAGUUCCAUCACAUUUCAGGAACUCUUGGGCCCCAUGGUAACAUAGUGAGACAUACGGUGGCUGGCUGUGAGUCUGUGUGGAACUUGUAACAACCUGAGAAGCAUUUACAUGUUUUUUUUAGGUUGCUACAGGUCUGUGUGUUAUUUAAGUAAUUUUUGGAGUAGUGACGUCUGCUACAUCUUUAAACUUACAAAAAAGCAGUUAUAAAGAAGUAGGGUAACGCUAAGAAGCUUGGAUUCCUUUUAUUUUUUAUCAUAUCUUUUGUGUGUAUAUGUUUUGGGGCUUGGGGUGGGAGAGGGAGGGGAAGUACUAUGUGGAUGAGCUGUUGGCUGUGUGUCUAGGUACUUGUGACUGCAUACGUGGAGCUACAUUUUGUUUUAUAUCUUUUGAUGCACCGCCUUGUAACAAUGAUUUUAAUAUGUAGAGCACACAAAGGUUAAACAACCAAAUGAAAUGUACUACAUUAAUGGAUAGUCACUGUCUAUGCUUUGAGAAGAGACGUCUAUGUGUGAUGGGCAGAACGUUUGCCCCUGUAAAUAAACCAUUGCUUUCUCUGGCCACCAGGAGGAACCUUGCACUCACGUAGCAAGGACUCCAAAGAUCCAAUACGGUUUAACAUAUAUUAAAGUUAAUCAACAAUGAAAUCAAGUAAUCAAGAUAGAAUAUCUCUACCGUAGAAGCAGAAACUCAUUUGAAAAAGAAAACAAAUAAAUUAAAAUCCAUCUGCGUCCAUACACAUUCUUCUGUUGUCAAGUUUUGAAUGUCUUAACUGAAGGUUGUGUUUGACAGUUCAAUGUCUCACAGCUUUUCUCUGGUUAAAUGUAUUGUAGCAGAAUACAACGUUUUAUUUGUCUGAUGAACUACAGUUACUUACACCUGACCUCCUACCUUUUGCUGCAAGACUGUAUGUGCACCCUGUAUGCAACAAUUUUGUAUUGACACAAUGUACUGAAAUCAACCAAAGACUUUUAUACCAAAUUAAAGUAUUAUUUACUUAAAC